AUGGGAGGAGGGAGUAUGACCGGGCCCGAGAGACCAUGCGAGAAGGUGACAGAGAUGGCCGGUGGAGGCGGAGUGGAGAGAGGGAGUGUGAGUAUGAAGGACGAGGGAGGGAUUUGUUCUGCAAUGCGAGCGACACAGGGAGGAGGGGUGAGGGCAGGAAGAUUUGGCAGCAUGAGGAGUGGAGUGGAGAGGAUAUGGUCGACAGAAGUGUCGGGGCAUGCGGAGGAGUGGAGAGAGAGGAAUCGUGACACCAGGAGGGGCAUAGAGAGUGAUGAUGAUGGCUCUGAUGACUCAGCUGGCUCUCACAGGUUUGAUGAGUCAGACGGGUUAAACGUGGCAGACGAAGCUUUCAAGGCUCACAAGGCAGACCAUGCAGUGGAGGGAGAAGAGACAGACGAGAUGGAUGAGGCCGAAGGGGCUGAAGAGGCAGACGAGGCGAAUGAUCUUACUGCGUGUUGUGAACAUCCGGAUCUUCUCGACAUGGACGACGCAGAUCUGCUGGCGGUGCUGCCGAGCUGCCUGGCGUUCGUGGAGGAGAGCGUGAAUUGCGGGGAGAAGGUGCUCGUGCACUGCCACGCUGGCGUGUCGCGAAGCGCAGCAGUGGUUACUGCAUAUCUUAUGAAACUGCACAGAUCGACGGCUGAGGACGCUCUCCGUCUGCUGCAGUCCAAGCACCCACUUGCAUGCCCCAACGACGGCUUCCUGCAUCAGCUACGCAUAUUCCACAGCAUGGGAUGGGUUGUGGACCCCCACCACCCGGACUAUUCGCGCUUCAAGCUGCGCCUCAUGGCUCGCCGAAUCACCGGCUCCCUGCACCAUGGCGAGCCCAUUGGGCCAUGUCCGUAG